GUAGACGAGCCCAGUCUAACGGUUGGAGCUCAUAACUGAGCUAGGAGGGACAGGACAACAAGGUUUACCAUCGAAUUACCAUCGAAGUACGCAGAUUAAAAAAGCAGUUUAAGGGCCACGAUGGGGAGGUUGUGUGAGAUGGCUCUUGUGUCCCUUCUUAUUAUGUCUCUCCUGAAUCCUGAAUCGACAUGGGCUAAAAAAAUAAGCACCAGCAGUGUAAGGAAGACCCCAUCUUCCAGCAGCAGGGGUGGGACACAGUCAAAACCAUCCAGCUCUAAGCCACAUAGUCCCAGUCAACACAAACCUUAUCCUUCUGGUGGAAGUUACCCUCAUCCAGGAACAGGCAACACUAAUCAAGGAGGAUAUCCCAGACAAAACCCAGCAAGUUACCCGGGAGCAGGCAAUAAACCCAACCAGAAUCCUGGCAGAGUCAAUCCUGGAGGUUAUCCCAACCAGAACCCUGCACCUGGAUACCCAGCCGCGGGAGGGUAUCCUAACCAAAAUCCAGGCAGAGCUGGUACCAACCAGGGAGGGUAUCCUAAUCAGUAUCCAGCUGCUGGCGGCUAUCCAGGUGCAGGUGGCUAUCCUAACCAAAAUCCAGGCACGGGAGGUUUCAGUCCAGGUGGUUACCCAGUCAGAGGGGGAAAUACAGGACAGGGUUGGGGUCAGCCUGGUGCAAAUCCAGGGAGUUACCCCGGUGGAGCAGUUGGUGGCUACCCUAACUGGAACCCAAAUAAUAAGAUUCUGAGUCCCCGCCUUGGAGGAGGAGGUGGUUAUGGCACCGGUGGGUCUCCUUUCUCCAAUUCUGUGCAGAGUAUGGGAUUCCAGCCCAAAUCUUCAGGUUUUGCCAAAAAAGCCAUGAUGGCAGCAGGUGUUGGUGCUUUGGCUGGAAUGGCUGUUGGAUAUGGACUAGGUCGCUUCCCUCGACCACAUUUUUCUUUCCGCACCCCCGAAGAAGAGUACUCCUACAACAACUACAUGUACCGCAAUUAUGGCUCCCGCUCCACAGAUCAAAAAGACUUUGGCCAUGAUUAUGUCAACAAGCUUCCGCCACGGGCAGAGACUUACGAGAGCUUCAUGAAUCGCUGCAUGAGUACCUCUGAUACUCCUAAAAGUGGAGGUAAUGAGGAGGAGGAUGACACUGUCAGCAUUGAGGAGAUUGGAUACCCAGCACUGAUUGACCAAGUGAAGUCCCGACGCUGUGUUGAAGAGUACAUAGCCUACUCUAAGAGCUUUCUUGAAGAACGAAAAGCUGAGCAACAUAUCCAGCCCACGGACUGCAGCAGCAUUCUGAGCUAUGGAGUGAUUCAACUUUUCACUUCCCUCUUUAUGCUACUGUCUAGCAUGUUCCUGCUCCAGUAAGAACAAUUAGCCUUCCUUUCCUUUGUUCCAAAUGGGUAUCUGCUUCCUUUAUUAUACUUGCACAUCCACUUGCUUUACUGCUAAUGUACAUUAUCUUGGUCACACAAAACCAUAGCUGUAUAUUUACAAGCUCUCUGACUCGUAUUCAGUCAAGCAUUUAGCAUCACUGCAGGAAACUAACAAAAGGUAUCAAUGUUGAUGUAUAUAGUAAGUAAAGGAGUACAUUUUAAGAGGUAGCCACCAGUUUAGUUAGGUUUGUGAAGUGCAAAGGACUAAUUUAUGCGUUUGUAUUUUCAAGGAUUCAUUUUGCACUUUUUACAUAUUAUUGAGCACUGAAUGCAGAGUAAACGGGUUCAGGGUGCUUUAGUUCAGUUGUGCUACUGUUUAGAAAAAGAAAUUUGACAUGAGAGAGUUUUAUAUAUAUAUAUAUGCAGAAACACCCAAAUAAUAUCAUUACCAUUGAUUCAUAAUUCCAUCUAUAGUGGACAGUUCGGCAGACUGAUUUUACAGUAUAUGACAUGCUUAAUCAAAGGUUUAAGUUCUCUUCCCACCAUGAAAUUUGGAUAUGUGUAAGGAGAGUUGAGCAAUGUUAGGUUGAAGACCAGUUGUUAAUAUGGUUCAGCAUUUAAAGAUAUCUAACUUUCACCAGUUUGUAAAUUGGGUUUUCAAAACAGAUUGUCAGCGCAAAGUGCAUAAGUUAUUAAUGAGAAAGGAGAAAUAAUAAAAGCCUUAAGUCCACAAUGAGGUUUCCCAGCAGCCAUCGGGAGGUUUAAUGUUUGGGCCUGCAUUGUUGUGCAACAGCCAAGACAAAGCAA